GUUGUCUUACCAAAACUAAACCCAUCAUCAUCAUCAUCGAUGCAAUGCCUGCCUUGACCUAACCCUAACCCAACAAACCCACACGCCAUAGCUACAAAGCACAAUCGAGACCCAAACCCAUAAACCACCUUUCUCUUCCAUUUUUUGGCUAUUUUCUUAACCCCCAAUCACUGUUCAUCUUCGUUUCCUCCCAAAACCUUAACCAAUUCAACUUAGAUCUUCAUACCAGAAAGGGAAGAUGCGGUUGAUGAAACAGCUGAAAAGUUGCUGCCAGGUUAUGCUUCUUCAAACCCUUUUUUGGUGAAACCUGCAGUUACUCAAUCAGUCAAAAUUACCCAGAAAAAGAGGAAACGAAGAUAUCAACCUUAUUAGAAUUUCAGUGGGUUUCUUUCUUGCAUGUGUGUUAGCUGAUUGUUUGAUUAGGUUUGAGCUUUGAAGGGAAGAAACAAAAGAGAACAAAUGGACCCAGUAACAGCUCAUGGCCGCCCGCUUCCUCCUCCUUUCCUCACAAGAGAUCUUCAUCUAAACCCGCAACAUCAAUUUCAACAUCACCACAACCAACAACAACAACAACAGCAAAGCUCCGAGGACGAACAAAGCCGUGGCCAGAAACGAGAUCGAGAAGAAACAGCCACCACCAUGGGCGGCGGUGCCACCGACACGAGUGAAGGCAAAGAACUGGCUGUAGUCCCUGGGGCCGAAGGUGAAAUCACGAGAAGACCACGAGGGAGGCCCGCGGGUUCCAAGAAUAAGCCUAAGCCACCCAUCAUCAUAACCCGUGAUAGUGCCAAUGCCCUCCGAUCCCAUGUCAUGGAAAUCGCAGACGGCUGUGAUAUUAUGGAGAGCGUUUCGACUUUCGCCAGGCGAAGACAAAGAGGGGUUAGCAUUUUGAGUGGGAGCGGAACCGUAACGAAUGUGACCUUAAGGCAACCAGGAGCACCCGGUGCAGUCGUGACUUUACAUGGAAGAUUCGAAAUUUUAUCACUUUCUGGCUCGUUUUUACCUCCUCCAGCACCGCCGGCUGCAUCGGGGUUGACCAUAUAUUUAGCCGGCGGUCAAGGUCAGGUAGUUGGAGGAGCGGUGGUGGGUCCACUCGUUGCUUCAGGUCCAGUGGUGAUGAUGGCAGCUUCUUUUGGUAAUGCGGCAUAUGAAAGGCUUCCAUUGGAGGAAGAGGAACAGCCAGCCGCCGGACCGGUUCCAGGAAGUGGACCCUUAGGCUCACCAGGAAGCAUGGUUGGUCAACAACAGCCGCCUCCGCCGCAGCAGCAGCAACAACUAUUACAAGAUCCAAACGGAUCUUUUGCUCAAGGAUUGCCACCAAAUCUUCUAAACUCAGUCCAAUUGCCAGCUGAAGCCUACUGGGGCACAGGUCGUCCCUCUUAUUAACCAAAAGACAAAGUUUCAGUGUUUUUCUUUCUUCUUUUUUUCCUCCUUAAUUAUCCUCAUUUCACCUCUCUUGUUUGUUUGACCUUUUGAUCAUCACCUUCAUUCUUCUUCUUUUUAUAAGAUAGUUGGUGUUUUACUAUAAAUCCCAAGAAUGCUCAUCAUCAUGGGAUUCAUCUGGGUUUAAUUUGAAGAAGGAUGUACAAAUUUCAUGGAGUUCUCUUUGAUGGGCUCUUUCUUCUCUUUUUUUUUUCUUCUCAAUAGAAUAGCCUUUUUUGAA